ACAUUGACUUUGCCACCAGAAAGAUAGCGUCCCACCUGCACCAGACCAAGGUGAUCGUGCAGAACGGAGACAAGUUUGAGACGAAGACGCUAAGCACCUUCAGGAACUACGAGGUCAACUUCACCAUCGGGGAGGAGUUCGAGGAGCAAACAAAGGGCCUGGACAACCGGAAGGUCAUGACAACGGUCACCUGGGAUGGGGACAAGCUGGUGUGUGUUCAGAAGGGCGAGAAAGCAAAUCGGGGCUGGAAGCACUGGCUCGAGGGAGAUGUGCUACACCUGGAAAUCCACGUGCUCGACAAAGUCUGCCACCAAGUGUUUAAGAAGAGCCAAUAAGAAGAGCCCUAUCUGUCCUG